AUGGACUAUUCAUAUUACAACGAGCCCAGGUCCCAGCAACCCUUCUCGCUCUAUGGGUUGCCCACACCGAACCAGCAGCCCCCGCAAGAAGACGCCUUCGCCCCUCUUAACGGCUAUAACCAGACCUUCCCUGGAUUUGACCCCUCAUUCCGACUCGACCCCUCCCAGUCAUUCGUUCCGCCGCCGCACUCGCCGCCAGAAUCCUUUACCAAGAACUCUGUCUCAAGCCACGACGGCAACAACCAGCACACAGAUCCUGCCUCGUUCGACGGCGAUGAAAUCCAAUCCGCAGAUCCCCUCGGGAGGAGCAGUAGUGAAGAAAAAGAUUCGGGCCCCGCACAAAGCAAACGCAAGGCGCAGAAUCGUGCAGCCCAACGAGCAUUCCGCGAAAGAAAAGAGCGCCAUGUGCGCGACCUCGAAGAUAAAGUAAAUAGCCUCGAAACGGCUUCCGAUACACUACAUGCAGAUAACGAGCGACUCAAGCGCGAGUUGGCGAAAUUCACAACUGAGAAUGAAAUCUUGCGCGCGACUUCGCAGAGUCAUCACCGCCCACAUGGGAACGCAACACAGUCUCCUGAGCCAACCGUCACUGGUCCAAUGCAUUACUCUCCCACGGAUUUCAUUUCCAAUCUCCAGCCGGCUGGAACGACUGUGCCUCAGGGCCCGCACCACCGGGUCACUGUUUGCUCGCAGACUGGUGAGAGGCUUUUGGAUGCUGGUGCUACGUGGGAUUUGAUUCAAGGGCAUGAGCUAUUCAAGCGUGGUCAAGUGGAUAUCGCUCAUGUGACUGAGAUUCUCAAAGGCAUGGCACAGUGUGAUGGGCAGGGUCCAGCUUAUAAAGAGGGCCAGGUGCGAAGGGCGAUUGAGGAGAGUGCUGCCAUGGAUCGUGAUGAGUUGAUUUGA